AUGGCAGUUGUACUUCCCUCACCACCCGCCACCGCCAGCCCUGGGCUCGACGGCGUGGUCACCAAACCAGACACCACCACGAGAACACCGAGAGUCAAGCCAACGAAAGAGGAUCUCCUCAAGACGCACGCCGUCCACGUCCAGAAACAGGCCAACUCGCCCGAGAACGCGCCGAGACCCGUCAAGCAGCCCAACUUGGCGUUUGCCUAUCCUGCUUCGACAAAGUCGAUUCGCGAAGUUGAUAUUAUCCCUCUAUCACAACUCGAGGUCAACUCACACCACCGGGGUUCAGGCCUCAUUCUCAAAGUCAUCAGCCCACCAUUCCUUGGGGCGGGAGCAGUGAGCAUAGUCGAGGAUGAGUUCGGUAAUGUGGACAAGAUCUCCAUCUACAACCAAAAUGACUCGUCUAUCCUUUCUGGUGUACCAGAAGGGUGCAUCAUUGGUGUGAAGGAGCCUUACUACACCAUCAACGGGAAGAAUGCGGAUGGGAGCGAGGAUUACAUGAUCUGUGUCGACCACCCAUCAGAUGUGACGCUGAUUAGGUUCACCGACCCCAUCAUUCCUGAGCCAUUGAGAUUGGGACCAUUGCUCAAGACGGCGGAGGACUGGAAGAAGGCGGGCGAUACGGCGUUUUUGGAGAAGGACUUCCCAACGGCGGUGUUCUGCUACACCGAAGCUUUGGAUUGUGCCGAGGAUGAAGGAUUCAAGCCAUCAAUCUACACCAAGCGCGCCGGGACAAGUCUAAUUCUCGGCCGCUAUGAUUCCGCGAAGGAGGAUGCUCUCGCCUCUCGAACGGGUACCAGCACGGACUGGAAAGCAUACUACACUGCUGGGAGAGCAUGCUAUGGGCUUUGCAACUACUCGGAAUCGAAGGAAUAUCUUUCCAAGGCUCUCGAGCUCAACCCAACCAACCCAGCUAUCAAGAAGGAGUACGAGCGGUGUCUCGCCAGGCUGCACGAAGAGGAGACUGGCGACUACGACUUUGAAGCCAUCUACAAGUCCCUCAGCCCAAAGGACGUUCACCUGGACUUGGGGUCUUUCACCCGCAACACAGAGGUAAAGGCAAGCCCGCUCCACGGAAGAGGAUUGUUCGCCACCAAGGAUCUCGCACCCGGGGAUCUUGUCUUUGCAGAAAAGGCCACCCUGAUGCCCAACCAGUACGAGCCGAUGAGGGCGUCGGCUGCGCUGUAUGCUUUGACCGUCCGUCAACUGCUAGACAACCCAUCACUGUGCAAGUCAGUACUCCAGCUCUACCCCGGCGAGAUGACCUACGAGCGAAACCCGCUCGAAGGCACCCUCGUAGAUGGUGUUCCAGUCCUAGACGUCUUCGUCAUCGAAGGCCUCCGCAACAAGAACUGCUUCUCCGUGCCCAUGUCAACACUCGAAGACACCAGGCCAACCGCCCAAGAAGGUCGCCAAGCAAAAGGUCUCUGGGUCCACGCCAGCAACCUCAACCACGCCUGCGUCCCCAACACCCUCCGAUCGUUCCUCGGUGACAUGCUGAUCUCCCGUGCGACUCGACACAUCAAGGCAGGCGAGGAAAUCUUCCACCAGUAUGUCCCCGUCAAAUCCCUCCCUGAUGUCCGUAACGGGGUGUACAAAGACGGAUGGGGUUUCGAGUGCUCGUGCACCUUGUGCGUUGCCGAGCUCAAGCAAUCGUCGGAGGCUAGUCGAGAGAAGAGGAAGGAUUUGCUCGCGCAGGUGGAGAAGAUCUUGAACAAGAAGACGCCGAGGGCAAAGACGAUUAUUCCGGACGCGACGAUUCGAUCGGUGGAUAAGCUGAUGAAGCAGUUGGAGGAGGCGCACGAGCCGGAGAUUUACGGGCGAUUGCCGAGACUGACGUUAAUUUACGGGAGCAAUUGGUUGGUUGGGGCGUAUAGGGGGAAGAAGAACUACUCCAAGACGAUUAGAAAUGCGGUGAAGGUGCUGAGGAACUUUGGGUUUGAGAUGCCGCAGGGGGCGGAGAGCCAGGACAAGGUGUGGGAGCCAAGGCAGAUGUUCUUUUCGGAGGAGUGGCAUUCGUUGAUGACGAUUCAUGUGGUGGUUGCCUUGAGGAGGUUGGCGGAGGCGUACAGUGGGCUGGGGAAGAAGGAGAUGGCUGAGAGGAGUGUGGAGGCGGCCGAGUUUGGCUAUAUGCUCGUUACUGGGUUCAAGAAUGACCUGAGCAAUUUGGAUAGGUAGGGGUACUCUUUCUUGACUGCCCAGAAAGAAUUUAUCACAAGGGAGGGGGAGGACCUGAAAGGGAGACCGCAUCGGGAUGGGGGCUUGCCAGGGAACAGUGCAGAGCUUUGAAGGAAAAGGGAAGCAACGCAUGUAAAGUAGACACAGGGCAAUGGCACCAAUUUUCUUGUUCUUGUCUGCCUGGCCUUCCAAGGCUUCCUACGGGCCUUCACGAUGACAGACCACCUAUCUCCUCAGGGCAUGGACAGUAGGUUUUCUGGCUCUGAUAGGUGGGUGGAAGUGGAUAGACAAGGGGUGGCAUUCGGGACCUGCGGGUACACGGAGGAUACUCCUCGCCAUGCUCCGGCUUGGAGACUGGUGGGAGCCUUCCCAACGUGCCUAGAGCCGCUGGAUCAAAAGACCAAACGCAGAGGCCCUUUUUGUUGCUUUCCCUUCUCCAGCUCCGUUUCCUGUCCACUAUUCACCCUUCCUAAAAGUCCACGCCAGAUUUCUAGUCACAGCUCUGAUUUCUUUUUGCCGCCGCCAUGUUUAUAACCCGGGCCCUUUAUUCAACGUCUAAACUCAACUACCGGCCGUCUACCCACGCAUCAGAUCUUUACGCCAAACACGGUGCAGAUGGACAACAGGGCCCCCAAGGCCCUCUAUUCAGUUUGGAUCCAAGCACAACCCAUAAUCGGGAGACCAACCCACCGGAGCUCGAAUCCAGAAUUUGAUCAAGACCAGAUCGCCAGCAACUGGCUCACCCAGACUACUUCCAUCCUCUUCGACCAGCCACUAGCACGAGACAGCGAUUGAGAGCUCCUAGUAGCAACACAAUUUAGCCGUAGUGGGAUACUAUCGGUCCCACCUCGGCGACCCGGUAUUGGGGUACAGUGCUACCUGAUGAUAUUUUUUUUGUGGCGUACUCGUCUUUCGAGGCCGUCGCAAAUAUGCUGGUGAAGCAGACGCGUCCCUUAUUUUUGCGCGUUUUUCCAUGGUAGGGGUGCUGGAAUUGUGGGGGGUAAUGAUGACUGGGACGCAUGGUGUCGUGUCUUGGUGAUGAUGAUGGUCUUGUUGUUGUUGUUGCUGCUCUUGUUGUUGGGUGUUGUUGUCGGUGGUGUAGGAUGAUGCACUGGGACGACAUCGUGCCCUGCGCGUUUGUAUUGUUCAUGUCUUUUCUUUCUUUUUGGUUCUAUUCUUUCACGUAUUAUCUAUUUUCUUGGGUUCAUUCUUUUUAUGUAUUAUUCUUUUAUUAUUUUCUUACUGUUAAUUUUUCUUCACUUUUCUUAACAUCUGUGAAGGGGUGUCUUAUGGUAGGGUGAAAGGCGGGGAUGGCCCCUCGGGGAGACCCAUUCCAGGCGCUCAUCAGAUGUUUCAACAUCAUUACCAUGUAUUUUAUCCUGUAUCGUUUUUAGGUACCCUUCAGAGGGGUUGAAAAGUGUAGGGUACUUGAUGCAGUUCUCUUUGAAAA